UGAAGCAGCAGCUUCGUGGUCAGGACCUAUAGGAGCUAUUGAAGGAGCUAAUCAGAAAUUUCUAUCAUCAUUAACAAGCCUGGAUUAUCUUGUCAUGGUGGAUAUGGAUGUACUAAUGAAAGAACAGAAUUCAUAUCUUGAAAACGAUAUUUAUGAAAAAUGAGAUGGACAUUCAACAGUGCAUCUCCUGGAGUUCGCUUUUUCUCUUUUUAUUCUUCAGUCUUGAAUGGAGAUCAGCAUACAUCAAUUUCAUUUCUUGUUAUAUCUUGCGCCCAUCUAUAUCGUUGCGCUCAUAAUAUACCCAUCGUCACCAGAACGUGUAUAGAAUCUGAUCGACUAUUUCAGAGAGAUCCAUUAUCUAUGAAGUUCUUAAAAAAGUACCCAGAGGAUCUAUUUAUAUACAUGGAUAUGUAGUUGGCCUAGCAGCCAGAUUGCUUUAGAUUUCUUCUGUGUUAUUCCUCCUCUCAGUUGAACUGCUACUACUGUAUCAAUUCAACUGGGCUCUUCUUUCUCAACCUCACCCUCUCCAACCUUGUUGGGUUAGAGACCUGCUUGCCCUUCUCCCCACAUCACACCCAAUACAGGUUCCCAGGGUGAAAUACCACUUAGCAUAUCGCCUAACAAUGGAAUCGAGGAAAUACAUCCCACCAGCCCUCCGCUACAAGGCGGAAAGCGACGACCAAGAGCGGGAUCCCCAGCAGCAGCAACAUCCAAACCCAACAUCUACAACUUAUCGAAGAAGAGAGAUCGACGCAUACUUCGGCCAUUCGUUCCAUCACAGCUUCCGCGAUAAAUUCUUCCACAAUAUCAAUAGCAGCAGCAACAACAAUUACAGCAGGUGGUUAUCCGAAGAUGGAAAAUUUCCACCCCCAAGAGCCACCACGCGACCAGCACAAGCACGAGAACGACGGCGGCGAGGAACCCUCAACACUGCCGCAAAUGACCUAGACACACUGGCAUACAUAAUACUCUUCAGCGACGCCCAUCCCUUCUGGGAAACCAAGCGCGAAAUCCUCUGCAAGUCAAAUCUCGACCUUCUCCGUGUGCCAGUCGCGGCAGCAUCAACAAUGACAAAUAUCACCACCACCACGACUACGACCACUACGUACGGCAACAACAACGACAACAACACCAACAACCCACCAUCCCCCGCCCACCCGACAAGCUACCCCAUCUUCAUCGACCAAGCGGUCCCAGGACGACGCUACCAACCCUCCAAACCGCAUUCCUUCGUCGGCUACUACCGCAUCCGCACUGUCCGCUAUCUAGAACCACGCAGCCGCGAGCUCGCCGCAUAUCUGGAGGUUAGGUUUGGGACGGCGCAGCGGACUCCUGAGAAGUGGAUUGGGUGCUUUUCGCGCCGUUGGGCGGUUAUUACGGUGGAUCUGGAUGGGGAUCGAGAGGAGUGGGAAGGGGCGGUGGUGAUGGCUUGUGGAUAUGAUGGGGAGACGGAGGGAGAGGGGGGGGAGAAAGAAGAGGGGAGUGGAAAGGGGGCCUUGCAGCGGCGGAGCGUCAAUGAGAUUCUAGCGGAAAUGAGGGGUGGGGUGCAUGGAUGAACGUGGAAUGGUUUAAAUGGGGCGGACAUAUGUGUUUACGAGCCGUGUACUGUGGAAAGAUGGCCGUUUGAUUGGCAGUGUGUAUGUAGUAAAGUCAGCCAGCACCAAACCUGAAAUCAGUGAGAGGUUUGGAAAGGAACCACGAGUUCAUGCUGUACUAUCGCGCUAAUGGUAGAUUGAACUCCUUCUCCAUUAUCUACAUCGGCCUCCCGGGUAUAGUAUACGCAGGUCCAACGUAGAUCGGCAGGGGGCGUGUAAUUUUUCUCGUGGAUAGAAAAGGAUCGUAAAAAAAACUGUACAGAUUAGUCAUGCCAUGAUUCUCCAAUCAAUAUCUUCCAAAAUGUUACAUGUAAUGGAAAAGAAAAUUCGUUUUUCA